AAUGUCCUCUCUCCCAGGAGGACAAGGUCAGUGCUGCCACCACCACCAGCCCGAGGUCACAAUCCUUCUCCCGUGUUUGCACCAGGACGCUGGCGAGUUGCCCUCCCCACACAGUCCCCAGAGGACCAGGGCUGGCAGCUGAGGGACUUGCAGGGAUGUGAACAACUGGAGACUGAAGCAAACUCAAACUGAAAUGAUUUUUGCAUGGGUCUUCCUUGGAACAAGCAGCAUCAUUGGAAACACGUCGGUGCAGGAGGAAUGGAAAGUCCCUUCCCCCACCGUACCAAGCAGUUUGCGGGGCUGUUUUCUUUGUUUAGCGAGUCUGAACCAGUCAGCCUUGCUGCCUCCUCCCUCUGGCUCACGCCCUCCCUCCCACCGCUCCGGAGGAAGAUCCCAGCCUGCUCCAAGGUGCAGCUGGGCACCCGGGGCUGGAGGCAGCGCUAUCGGUGCCGGUAUCGGUGCCGGUAUCGGUGCCAGCAGCGGUGCCCCCAGCAGUGCCCCCAGCAGUGCCCACCGCGCUGGGAAGUUUGCGGGGCCGGCAGCGCUGGCUCCCGCUGCUCCCGCGGUUGAAGUGGCCGGGAUGGGGUCCCCGCACUGGAAACGCCUCUGCCUUCUGCUCCUGGCCUGUUUAACAUCCUCCCUCCUCCUCUACGGUCACUACUACGCGACGGUGGGGUCACCCCCCAGCCAGAGGUUCCUCGCCAGCCUGCUGCAGCCAGAGCCACUGGUCCUGGCUCCACCAGGGACUUCGCACUGGGUCAGCAGCCACAGAUGGAGCCUUGGAGGUGGCUUGGACAGUGGGAAUUCCUUCAAGCCUCCUGCCAAGCUGGAGGACCCCAAGCCCAGCAGAAAGCAGCCCAGCACGUGUCUCCACUCGGUGGUGGCCAAAGCAAAGGCAGACCCCAGGUUUAGGGAGAUCUUCCGCUUCGACACCCCUGUGCUGAUGUGGGACCAGCACUUCACCCCAGAGACCUGGGACAGGCUGAAGUCACGACACGUCCCCUACGGCUGGCAAGGCUUGUCCCAUGCAGUGGUGGGCAGCACCCUCCGGCUCCUCAACGCCUCGGCCAACAGGCACCUCUUCAACUGGGGCACCUUCCCCGGGGGCUGCGUCCGCUGCGCCGUGGUGGGCAACGGUGGCAUCCUCAACGGCUCGCGGCAGGGCAAGGCCAUCGACGCCCAUGACCUGGUCUUCAGGCUCAACGGCGCCGUGAUCAAAGGCUUUGAGGAGGACGUGGGGACCAAGAUCUCCUUCUACGGCUUCACGGUGAACACCAUGAAGAACUCCCUCAUCGCCUACGAGGAGUACGGGUUCACCCAGAUCCCCCAGGCCAAGGACCUGAGCUACAUCUUCAUCCCCUCAGACAUCCGUGACUACGUGAUGCUGAAGUCAGCCAUCCAGGGCAGCCCCGUCCCCGAGGGCACUGACAAGGGGGACAAGCCACAGAAGUAUUUUGGACCUGAGGCAUCUGCAGAGAAGUUCAAGCUGCUGCAUCCUGAUUUCUUGCAUUACCUGAGAGCGAGGUUCCUGCGCUCGGAGCUCCUCAACACGCGGUACGGGUCGCUCUACAUGCCCAGCACUGGUGCCCUCAUGCUCCUCACUGCUCUCCACACCUGCGACCAGGUCAGCGCCUACGGGUUCAUCACCUCCAACUAUGAGCAGUUCUCAGAUCACUACUACGAGCUGGAGAAGAAACCACUGGUGUUUUAUGCCAACCAUGACAUGAUGCUGGAGGCCGCGCUGUGGAGGAGCCUGCACCGGGCAGGGAUCAUGACCCUCUACCAGCGGUGAGACCUUGGGGUGGCCCAUGGAGGCAAGGGCAAGGACUCUUGUGGCUCUUCUCCUCCUUCCCAAAGGCCACCUUCUCCCUCUUGAGGGCUCUCCCCAGCUGGCUGGCCAGCCCAAGGAGCAGACCCUCCACACCACAGUGUGGUAAAGGGGAACGCUGAGGCUGGUACAGGGAAAUGCUGCAUUUCCUCAGGGAUCUCUGGAAAGUUGUUUCAUGCUUCAGCAUGAUUGAACAUGGCAUUUGGGGCACCAAGAAGCACCACAGUAUGUGGCUGUGACCUCUCAGCCUCACAAACAUGGCUGGGAAGCAGAAGAGGGGGAGUUUGAUGCUGGAAGACCAUGAUGGAGACGUGUAUGUGUGGCAGGCUCUGGUUGGAAGUCACCCAUCACCUGGGUGUGACACCCCAGCUCAAAUGCUUAUCACUGGUGAGACCACAACAGGCAUCAUGAAUCCUUGGACAGGAGGGAAAGAAGACUAGAUCAUCCAGCUAGCAGGAAUGUGGUGUGGCUUCCUCCCAGACUGCAGAAAGCCUGAACUCCAGCAAGCCUUGGGUUGAUCUGUGUUCUCCUGAAGGAUCCGUUUGCCUCCAUGAUCAACAGGAAAGCCCAUGGCCUGGCUGUCCUCUCAUGUUCUCUACAUCACAGUGUUUUCAAAACAAGGAAAGGUCUUAAAAGCCAUCAGCUAAGAGCAGGGUUACUGCAGUUCAGCUGGGACAUCAGCAAGGUGUGUGGCAUUGGGUCUGUUGAGCUCUUCUUGCACGAGGACCAUGUGGUGCCCUCCAAGUGCUUUGAGAAUGAAGCCCCAUGCCAGGCGGGCUAGGGAACCCACCAAGCUCGUUGGGUGAGUCUAAGCCAUUGUCACUCUUGGAAAUUUUGUUCUCCCCCACAAAAAAAACACCAACUGUGAAGGAGGUGAAGGUCUUGAACCCUUCAGCCACCCUGUGUAACCCAGUGCUGCUAAGGAGGACCUGCUGGGGAGGCUGCUCCAGCUGGUGGUGGACACGGCCCAGCAGAGGUGUAAUCUGAGACACUUUCCCACUUUGUGUAAUUACAUAAAUGUUGAAUGAUUGUUUCCUUUGA